UGCGAUUUUUAGGGUUUAAAGGUAAUCGAAAGUGAAAUCUAAAUCUCUUCUCCAAUGUUCUUUCGCUUCGCCGGGAAACUACACGGAGGGCUUCUCUCUCGUCGUGCCUACUUGAGACUCAGUUUUGUUAAAGGACAGAGCUUUGGUAUCGAGUCGAUUCCAUGGAUUCAAAAGGCUUCGAAUUUGAAUUUUUACGAAUCAAUUCACGCUGGUUCCGUUGAAACCCAAGUUUCAACUAUUGCUGCUGAUGAUGAAAUCAGAGUUUCGCAAGACGCAGAGAGAAUCUGCAAGAUCGUAUCCAAAAUCUCGGACUCGAGCGUCGAGAAUCUGCUCGACGAAGCUUCUGUUAAACUCUCGCCGGCGCUGAUGGAGGAAGUACUGAAGAAGCUGAGCAACGCUGGUGUUCUAGCUCUGUCCGUAUUCAAAUGGGCAGAGAAUCAAAAGGGUUUCAAGCACACGACUGCGAGCUACAACACGUUGAUCGAGUCUCUAGGUAAGAUCAAGCAAUUCAAACUCGUUUGGAGCCUUGUAGACGACAUGAAGCAAAAGAAGCUUUUGAGCAAAGACACGUUCGCGCUCAUCUCUAGACGAUACGCUCGAGCCAGGAAGGUUAAGGAAGCUAUAACCACGUUUCACAAGAUGGAAGAUUACGGCUUUAAGAUGGAACCAACUGAUUUCAAUCGAAUGCUUGAUACUUUGAGCAAAUCAAGAAACGUCGGGGAUGCACAGAAGGUGUUCGACAAAAUGAAAAAGAAAAGGUUCGAGCCUGAUAUCAAGUCGUAUACUAUUUUGCUCGAAGGUUGGGGUCAGGAGUUGAAUCUUUUGAGAGUUAAUGAGGUUUACGGAGAGAUGAAAGACGAAGGUUUCGAGCCUGAUGUUGUGACUUACGGUAUCAUCAUCAAUGCGCAUUGCAAGGCUAAGAAGCAUGAUGAAGCUAUUAGAUUCUUCAAUGAGAUGGAACAGAGGAAUUGCAAGCCAAGUCCACACAUUUUCUGCAGUCUGAUCAAUGGGCUUGGCUCAGAGAAAAAACUGACACAAGCUCUCGAGUUCUUCGAGAGAUCAAAGAGUUCUGGGUUUCCUCUUGAAGCUCCAACUUACAAUGCACUAGUUGGAGCUUAUUGCUGGUCAAAGCGAAUGGAAGACGCGUUCAAGGUCGUGGAACAGAUGAGAUCAAAAGGAGUUGGUCCAAAUGCAAGAACGUAUGAUAUAAUCUUGCAUCAUCUGAUCCGAAUGCAGAGGACGAAAGAAGCUUAUGAAGUUUAUCAGCAGAUGAGUUGUGAACCGACGGUGAGUACUUACGAGAUCAUGGUGAGGAUGUUCUGCAACAAAGAGAGAUUGGAUAUGGCGAUCAAAAUUUGGGAUGAGAUGAGAGGAAAAGGUGUUCUUCCUGGGAUGCAUAUGUUCUCGAGUUUGAUCACAGCUAUGUGUCAUGAGAACAAAUUAGACGAGGCUUGUGAGUAUUUCAAUGAGAUGUUGGAUGUGGGUAUUAAGGCACCGGGACAUAUGUUUAGCCGUCUUAAACAAGCGCUUCUCGAUGAAGGCCGGAAAGAUAAAGUCGUGGAUUUGGCUGUGAAGAUGGAUAGGCUGAGAAAAACUCAACUUCUUAGCUGAAAAAAGGAUUUUCUCGGCUCUGUUUCUCUUCUUGUUCAUCGCUUCUACUACGUUUUGUUUAUCUUUUUGGACUAUUGAAUUGUUAUGAUUUAUGGUCUAUCCAAAAUUUCCAGAA